GUAUUCUUCGUGGUGGUCAGUGGUGGCAGUGCUGUUGGUCUACUCUAUUUAAAGUUACAAAAAUUCAAAAAUGUCAUACGUAUAAACUAAGCCUGGUCGAUUAUAUUUUUAUCAAAGAAACAAAACAGAUCUCUACUUUAAAAUCCACCUGGCUUCAAGUUAAGUGCAUAUUAUGAAGAGCCAGCCAUUCAAUAAUGCUCAGUACAUUUAGUCAGAAAACCCCGUGGAUCAUAAGCACAAUUAUGAUUAUGCAAAGUUACCAAGAUCAAGUGGAGAUGGAAUGGAAUCACAAAGUUUAUCAAAUGAUAACACCAAGUUGAUCAAUACUCCGUCACUGCAAAAAGAAAAAUUUUGUAAAUUCGAUGAUGUAAAGAACUGCAGCAAGUCAGCAGAUGGGCAGAAGUUUUUGCCCAAUGAAGGUUUUAGUCAUCUGACCAGCCUAAGUGGCAAUGUGUCUUCAACAUGUGUUGAACGAGAUGCUGAAUGCUUGGAUACUCACACUCUUAUUAAGGAUUUACAAACUCAAAAUUCCAAACUUACAAAAGAAAAGGAAGGGCUUUUGAAUAAACUGUCAGUGCAAAACAAGGUAAAUGCUGACCUGAAAAAAUUGUUGGUAGCAUCAGUUGGAGAAGACAUUGGAUUGAAGCUUCAGGAAAUGAGUGUCGACAAAGCUCAAUUUGAUACAAAAUUUGACCAUAUGGAAAGAAAAUGUGAGGAGUUGUCAGAAGAGCUCAGUAAAGUUUCCAUUGAAUGUGAUGUUUGGCGAAGCAAAUUUCUUGCAAGCAGAAUGAUGACUAAUGGACUGACUGAUGUCAAGACUUCUCUCUAUGUAAAAAAUCGCAAUUAUCGUAUUGCUCUACAGAAUCUGCUUGAAGAGCAAUCUGAUAUAAGGCAACAUUUACGAGCAACAAGCAGGCUUUUACAAGGGAUUCACAAGUCAACCAACCACAAUUUAUACAAAACAUUCAGUAACAAUUCCUGGCAACAGCUGCAGAAAAGUUCAAUUGUGGAGCUAUCUCAUAUCAAUUUUAGUUUGGCCGAAGAAAUUUGUCUAUCAAUAAAUCCAACUUACUAUUAUUUAUCAGGAGAUAUUAGUUCUGCUGAUGAAGAGAUGAUUCCAGUUGCCAAUCUUACUCCAGCUGAACAAAUGGUGUGUCAUGCAUUAAAGAAUGAUAGACAGGAUGAUGAGUCUAUAGGCUUGACAAUAAAUAAGUUAAGUAGACAGUACAUGGGAAAUAGUUUUGCUAGCAGAUUUCUGACCAAUAACUUUCGUAUAACAUUUGACUGCUGUGAGCGUUGCACUGGCCCUUUGAAAGUAGUAUGAUUAAUUCUUAAACAUUUUAGUUUAACUUUCCUGCUUGCAACAUUGAGCAUUGUAGCAUUUAAGAGUUAAUUGUGCAAAUCUUUGAAUUUCUACAUUUCUAAAAUUAAAACUAAGAAGUGAGAGACAAA